AUGGUCCGGAUGUUGAACGAAACUCCCAUCCAGUACGUGACCUGGGGGAACCACGAGGCCGAUCUCUCCCAUGAGGACGUCAUGUGCCGCGUGGAGGAGUACCAAGGCGUGUGGAUCAACAGCAACAUGCAGUCGCACGAGUCUUUCGACAAGUGCCACUGCCAGCAGGCUGUAGAGGUUCUGGAGGUACGAAGCCGCGGCGGGAAGAACUCGCGCCGGAUUGGGCUCGUGGGAGUGCUCAGCGACGAGGCCACCCUGUACAAACCAGGCGCAUUUGGUGGUGCCACCAUCGAGGAUCCCUGGAAGACGUUGGCCUUCUACAAGGAAAAGUUGGAGAAGGAGCAGAAGUGCGACCUCGUGGUGCCGCUCUGCCAUCUCUACGAGUCCCAAGAUGAGAUCACUUGCCGCAACUUCGACUUCCCUGUGAUCCUCUCUGGCCAUGACCACCAUGUGGUUGAUCGAACGAUCAGCGGCACACGGCUCCUGAAGCCGGGCUCUGAUGCUCGCUUCUGCAUACAGCUCGACCUCGUCUGGGACCACCCCGGGCCCGACGCACCCUUGCGCCUCUCGGCGCAGCUGCUGGACCUCAAGGACUUCACGCCCAACGCCUCCUUGGCCGCCUCCGUCCAAGAGGUCUACUCCACGCUGGAUCACCUCCGCUGUACGCAGAUAGUCAAGGUGCCAGCAGCCUAUCGUCCCUUGAGUUCUGUGAACUCGCGUGGGUGUUGUACGACAAGCGCGCGCUUCCUUUGCAGUGAGAUUCGGAACGCCUUGAAUCUGGACUGCUUGGAGGGAAGCCCCCAUUGCGACUGCGUCCUUAUCAAUGGUGGCAACUUCCGUGGGGAGCGAGACUACAAGGAGACCGAGCACAUGUCUCUGGAGGACUUAAUGUCUGAGAUGGACGAGUCUGUUGAGAUUGUGGUGGCUCUUGUGCCGGGAAAGUUGAUCCAGUCCGGUCUCCGGGAAACCUGGCAGAGCAUCAGUGGGGCUUGGAUGCAGCACGACGAUCAGCUGGAGGUGGAUGCGGACGGCCAGGUGCAGAAGGUUGCAGGCAAAGCCCUGGAACCCGAUGCCAUGUACCGUGUUGGCACCAGCAGGCGCUUCGGCAUCCAGCUUAUCAAAGGCAUUGCGGCUUACUGGGCGGAGACCCCCAGUGCCAAGCCGCACCCGGAGUCUGGCAUCCCCGUGCACUCCCUGCUGCUACACUAUUGGGCCGAGAAAGUUUGGGUGAGGAUCUGGGCCUUUCUUGACAAAGAUCACAAUGGCCGCAUCGAUCCAGAAGAGAUCAAGGCUUUGGACAGGACCGGCACGGGGCAACUGGACCAUGUGGACAUUAUGAACGCCGUGAAAAACGUGGCGCACAUGGAAACGUUCGAGGGUGAAUAUACUCUCACGGAUUUGAUAAUGAAGGUGGCUGGCCAUUGUGGCCAGGGCACCCUGACACUGGUCGAAAUCAACAGCAGACGGCGUCAUCGCCGCCAGCAGCUGCGUGGAAUCAAGAGACGCGAGGUCAGAGUGCCCUCGGAGCUGCUGCCGGACCAUGGGCCCCUGGCGGUCUUCCAGGAGAUUUCGGACAUGGACCAGCGAUGCUACGCCGAGGUUUCUCUCGAGGAGCUCUCAGCUUUCGUAUGCUGGCGACAGGAGCAGGAUCGGAGGCAGAGACCGGGCGACUCUGACGAUGAAUGCGGUUGGCAACUGGAGGAUGAUUGGGACAUGCUGGACGGAGGAGAGAAGAUCGAGUGGGUGCCCGAGGACCCUCGUAAGACGCUGGCAGCAGACCCGACUGGUCAGUGGCUGGCCUUGCUUGAAGACGGUCCGGUGAAGUGCUCCCCAGGACGAGAUCUGCCACAUCUGCCACGGGUUCCAGCCUUUGAGAGCCCGGGCGGGGCCAGUGAGGAGAACGAAGGCGACAGCAAAGAAGGCGUCCAAGCUGCCAUGGGAGCUUCGGAAGCUCCCGAAAAGGAAGAAGAGACCAGGGAUUCAGAAGCUGAAGCUGACCUGGCAACUGGCACUGAGCAUGUGGCCCCUGGUGAAGAAGCGCCAGUUGAAGAAGCCAAUCCUGAAGACGGGGUGCAUGAGGUUUGCAUCGCCAGCCAAACAUCGGCCAACAUAAUGAAGCAGGCUCAGGACGACGACGGUCGGCAAGCUGACGAUGAGCUUGGCAGAAUCGCAGCCGCUGCUCACGAAGCUGGUGCGGUUGCAGAUGAAGAAGCCGCACCUUGCUCCGAGUUCGACUCAGCUGAUGCUGGUGUCGCCGACAUAACCGCGCCGGCCGAAGCCACUGGCGGCCAAGCAGCCCGAUCCAACGCACAAGAGACUGCCGCAGUUCGUUUGGCCCGCCUCUUCCAGGCGCCGGAGCCACCUGGAGCUGAGCGCGACGGCGGUGCACGUGUGGAACCUGUGGAACGUGGGCGCCGCGAGAUCACCGGAGUGGUCACCAGAGCCCGCCGAGCUCGCCGAGCGGCGCGGAAAUCGGACUCCGUCCAGGCUCCGGGCGCAGACGAAGGGUUGCCUCGCGCAGCAGCGCAGAAGAGGCGAGCGGCUGCAUCUAACGAUGAGGCCUCGCGACCAAAGCGAGGAAAGCUGCAUGGCUCAAGAAGGGUAACAGGAAAAGCAGAGCCCUGGGUAGGACAGAAUUUGCAGGAAUGCGAGGCUUCCUCGCACAGGCAGUCUGCAGCCAUGUCGUCUCCCAAGCGCAAGAACGGCGCAGCGAAGCUGCUGAAGGUGGACUUCUCCAAGGAGUUUGAGUCUCGAGGCAUCCCGCUCGAGGACAGCAGCGCAGAGAGAGACGCCAAAGAGCUCCGGAAAGUCGCUUCCUUCUUUGGCAUGGAUGGGCAUGCAGUCCACAGCCUCAUGGCCCAGGUCGAAGGGAGCGAUGAGAACGGCGGCUCUGAGGAGGAAAUGCUGGAGGAGCUCGAGGCAACUCCUGCCCUUGGAGGCAUGGCAGGAGGAGGAGGAGGAGGCGAGGACAGUGACGAGGACGAGGAGGCAGUCGCUGCUGCUGCAGCGGCGGCUGCUGCACGGCAGAGGUGGCUGCACAGACCCGUGACCCCGAGAGAGCUUUUGAAGGCGAAGCAGCCUCGGCCGAUUAGUAUCAACGACUUUCCCUCGAUUUUCCAACGAGAUUCGCCCCGCUCACCACAGGAGACUCACUAUUCAUACUUCAGCCGGCGCUUGCCUUCCGAGAAUCCGGAGCAUCGCAAAGCGAUGGAGUGGCAGACGGAGACGACGCCUGCAGCUCACAACCCCGGCCUUUGCAUGGCAUGCAGCAUGCCCUCGGCGAUCACGGGAGGUGAUUCGAAGCUUUCACAGGUGGCCGAAUGGCCCUGUGAGCACGGACGUUGUCUGCGAUCCGAGUGUCAUGUAGGUCGCGCCAUGGCCGAAGAGCAGAGCAACAGAAGGACGGGGGGUUGGCGAUGCUCCGUUUGCGACGGCGGGCCGUCAGGGAAACUUGGAAGUCUUAUCCGCUGCGAUGGCUGUGACAAGACCUUCCACAUGAACUGCCACGAUCCCCAAGUGACACGUCCGGGACUUCCCAACGAGAAGUGGUAUUGCUCACACUGUACCGAAGCUCUUGCACAACACCGUGCGCUGCGCCUUCGACCUGGUGACUUUGCAUGGGCGCGCCUAAAGGCGACCUCGGUGCUCUGGCCCUGCGUCGUCCUGAAGCUUGACUUCACGAAGCCUGACGACCCCAGGCCCUAUUGGGUGAACUUCUUCGAGGGUCGGAAAGGUGCUGAGCAAAGGGGCGCUUGGGUGAGCGAAGAACAGGUGCUGCAGUGGAGCGAGGGCCCUUUGAUUCCCGAAAGCGCUUCUCAGAGGCAAACCGCCCUGAGACAGGCUCAGGCUGCGGGAGCCGGCCCCUUCGGUACAGAGAGGUCUGUCAGGUGCUCCACACCACAGACGCCCAGACGGAAGGUCGCGAAGGUGAGCUCUCCAGCCAGCGGUGGAACCUCUACAUCCAGCACCACGCUGCCUCACUCCUCUUUUCAUAGAACUCCCUCUUCGAGAAGGCCGAGUCAGCCAAACCUCAUGCAGGAAGCGCAGAAGAUUCAGGCCAUUUCGCUGUGGCUCCUUUCGCUCUGCUGA